AUGGGAUUCAAUACACCAAUUAUAUCUAAAACUUUAAUUCAAAAUAUACCUUUUCAAGUAUAUAUUAUUUCUUUAGAAAAAUUAAGAAUUUGGGUACUUGGUGUAGGAAAAUCAAAUAAUAAUGAAUGGAAUUUUGCUGGAGCCAGUUAUAAAGCUGCAUUUGUUUAUAAAUAUCAAAAUGAACGAUGCAUAUUUUUUGAAGAAAUAAAUGAGGAUGAAUGCACACUUACAAUUUAUAAUAAUCAAACAAUAGUUAAAAAAACUUUCAUUGAUAAAGAACCAUAUAUGCAAAAUAUAAUUCAAUCUAUUCAAAUACCUAAUUGCACAUUAAAUGAAUGGAAUAAUAAUGAAAAAAUGGAAUAUGUUUUUAAUUAUCAUUUAAAGCAAAGACUUUCAAUACAA